AUGGACUCUGCAGGAACUUCCGGUGAUGAUUUCGAUCUGAUAAUCAAGAAUGGUCGGAUCGUAACGGCGGCCGAAGUGCUACCUCUUGGUGUUGAAAUAGGGGUAAAAAACGGCAAAAUCCAAUGCAUAGGGAGAUCGCUUGUUGCAGCACCGAACACAAAGACAGUUGAUGCUGAAGGAGCAUAUGUCACUCCAGGAGGCGUAGAUUCGCACGUUCAUAUACAACAAGACAACUCCCCCACGGGCGACACCUGGGAGACCGGCAGCCGUUCAGCUAUCGCUGGCGGUAACACAACUGUAAUAGCCUUCGCUAGCCAGAAACGCCAGGAGGAAAGUAUUUGGCCCGCAUUGCAGGCCUACCAUAAGAAAGCGGACGGGAAUUCGUUCUGUGACUACGGAAUUCACGUCAUCUUGACCAACCCUACUGAGACCGUCUUGAACGAGGAGCUCCCCCAGCUCGUCGACAAAGAGGGUAUAAGCAGCGUCAAGAUAUACAUGACGUAUGAGCCCAUGAAGCUUGGUGAUGGAGAUCUGUUCAACAUUAUGAUGAGGGCACGCAGCCUAGGGAUAACAACAAUGAUCCAUGCCGAGAAUAACGAUAUGAUCGAGCAGAUCACGAAGCGGCUUGCGAAACAGAACAACACUGGGACGUUCUUCCACUCAGUGGCUCGUCCCCAGAUUGCCGAAGCAGAAGCCACCUAUCGUGCAAUCAGCCUCGCCGAGGUUACGGACACCCCAAUCUUGAUAGUUCAUAUGUCUGCCCCAACGGCAGUCAAACAUGUGAACGAUGCCCAGCGAAGACUUUUGCCCAUCCAUGCUGAGACAUGCCCUCACUACCUGUAUCUGCUCAGCAAUAGGCUUCGCUCUGGCGACACCGACUUGGAAGGAGCCAAGAACAUCUGUGCUCCGCCUCUUCGGCAUGAUGCCACAGAUCUUGAAGAAAUCUGGCUAGGGCUAGCCAAUGGCACAUUUACUGUCGUCUCAUCUGACCACGCUCCAGCAACAUUCGACCACGAGUGCGGGAAGUUGAAGGGCCUCAAGAUGACUGAGGACGGGCACCACCAUGGGGACUUUCGUGUCGUGCCCAAUGGCCUCCCUGGCAUAGAAACGCGACUGCCGCUGAUGUUCGAUCGAACUUUUGACCCGUCACGCCCCAGUGGUGGCUUCGAAGAUGACAAAAUCCGGAUCUCGCUUCCCCGGUUCGUCGAGCUCACGUCAACCAAUCCGGCGAAGCUGUACGGGCUUGGGGACAAGAAAGGCAGCAUUCAACCCGGAUACGAUGCAGACAUCGUAAUCUGGUACCCGGAGGAGAGCCCCUUGGUUGCUGCAUCCGAGGCAGACGGGCCUCUGAGCCAAAGUCACGCUGACGGAAGGGGUCAACGGAAGAUCACUAUCACGAACAGCAUGCUGCACCAUCGGAUUGAUUAUACACCUUUCGAGGGCAUCCAAGUCCGCAAUUGGCCGCGAUGGGUGUUCCUCCGCGGCGAACUGGCCUGGGACCGGGAAGGAGAGGGAGUCGUGGCUAAGAAGGGCGAUGGGCAGUUCCUGAAGAGGGCCAAGUCAACGCUGCUCACCGGCCAGAUGGGCAGGAAUCCAACAGGUAUGAUGACCGGUGAGCUCUCGUACUGGGUUUGA